AUGGAGCGGGUGGAGCGUCGGGGGAGCAUUGCGAGAGCUUUCAGCAGGAUACGGUUGGCCAUGAAGCGACGACGACCAACCGACACGCGGACAAUCUGCAGCGACAAACCAAUCGAAGCGAUCACACAGGUACAUGUGCUGCCAGUAUCUCCUCAGAAUGCCGAUAUCCCUUUCCGACCAAGCACGACACAACCGAAUGCCACUUCACCGCCAACACUUUUGCCUGAUCCCUUCUCAAAGACAUUACGACAAAGCCGAUUUGACGAGCAGCUUGAGGUCGACACCGACGAUUAUACCGACGAGGAUGAACCUUUCCCGCCCGUAUCAUCAUUUCGACCCGGUAUCAGCGAUAGCAAAGCUAGUGCUCUCUUCCGCAGAUAUGGUCUCUCCUACUCGGAACACAUAUCUCAAGCGGGACCGCCGCGUAAACUUCGUCGGAUAGAGAGGCCAAUUCUCAUGAAGGUGCAUUGGACAUGUCAUAGCUGCAAGACACAAUUUGGCAUUGAAAGGACUUGUGUAAAGUGCGGUCACCCCAAGUGUGCACAAUGCUUGACGCAUCCCCGAAGACGUGUUGGGGGUGUCUUGGAGAAUGGAAGAUACUUGAUAGAAGAAACUGAGCUGCCACAGCAGGACCCAAUUUCCUCGGGAGACGAGUCCAUUGAGCGAUCAGCGAACAAUUCUCCGGUUCGAUCGGCCUUACCUUCGCCAUUAGUCGAGCGGGUCCCUAGCAUCGAUGGUAACGGCGAAAUUGGAGAGUCUACGCUCCACUCUCCACUGUACACACGACCAAACGCGGCCAUCCCUAUUUUUGAGCGUGAUGAUCGUAGUAAUCGAUUCAUGCUGCAUCCGCGACAGUCGAAAGCGCACACAUGCUCUCAAGUUACGAAUCGACUUUGCAUGAUUUCCAACGGGGAGAAUCCCGUGAUGAGAGCUGUACAGCGGGUCUAUCGGAAACCACGUCAACGAGUGCGAUAUACUUGUGAGCAUUGCGGUACAUUAUUAGUUGAAGGCGAUAGAUGUAGCGAGUGUGAUCACAACCGAUUCCUCCGCAGCCCGCCGAGACGCAUGCCAACGCAGUACGAUGCAGACAUUCUUCAAAUCGUGACGAACAGACUUGCGGCGCAUGAUGGCGGGUUCCAACAAGGACUUACUGCUUAG